UCAACGACAGUGGAUGCCAAUGAUAUCAAACGAGUAUACAAAUUAUUCUUAGAUGAAAAAAGGUCCGUGAAUUACCUGAAAGAAUAUCAGGAGCAAUAUAUGUUCAACGAAAUUCCAGCGAAUGAAGAAAUGGAAG